AUGGAUGACUAUGUCGAUCUGGCCAUUUACGAGAAGAACGCCGACGUCGGAGGGACAUGGUUUGAGAAUCGGUAUCCGGGACUUGCAUGUGAUUCCCCCGCGCACAUCUAUACGUUCCCGUUUGAGCCCAAUCCCGAUUGGAGUGCUCUCUAUGCCUCCGGCCCCGAGACCUGGCAGUACAUUCGCCGGACGACGACAAAAUACAACCUUGAUGAGCAUGUGCGGUUUAACUCAACCGUCACAUCGACCAUCUGGGAUGACAACACCAGUCGCUGGAAGAUCAAAGUUCAAUCAUCAGAAGGUAUAGUGGCAGAGGAUACAGCAGACAUACUCAUCAAUGGCUCCGGGAUUUUGAACCGCUGGCGAUGGCCGGACAUUUCGGGCCUACAUUCGUUUAAGGGAACCCUCGUUCACAGUGCAAGAUGGGAUACCAAUCUCGACUGGACUGGAAAGCGAGUCGCCGUCAUUGGCAAUGGAUCGUCUGCCAUCCAAAUCUUGCCACAGAUGCAGCGUACAGCCAAGCACAUUGUGACUUAUAUCCGCAGCCCAACGUGGAUUUCUCCCGGCCUAGCGACGACGAAUCUGGAAUCGGAUGAUGGGCAGAACGUUACGUACACCGAGGAAGAGAAGAAGCGGCUUCGAGAAAACCCCGACGAAUUACGUACGCUGCGCAAGACACUUGAGCACGAACUCAAUAGUUUCUUUGGUAACGUUAUUCUCAACGACGGUCCUCAACAGGCAGUUGCGCAAGCGGCUUUCACGGCAGAGAUGAAGAGACGACUUGGAGGUGACAAGAAUGCGCACUUGCUUGAGAAACUAAUUCCAGAGUGGACUGUCGGUUGUCGUCGAUUGACUCCUGGCGACGGCUACCUGGAGGCUCUUACGGAGCCCAAUGUGACGAUUGAGAUGAGUCCAAUUCAAAGGAUCACGGACAAGGGAAUUGUCAGCGGAAGCUUCUUCUGA